AUGGCUGACUCCAGCCAGCACCCUGUGUGGUGCAAACACUGCGAAGUGGAAGGGCACUUGGUCACCCACUGUCAUGCUCUUUACGAAGACCUGACCAAUUUCGAUGCAGCUGUUCGAAUGUCCCAAGGCCCGGCCUCUGACCCGAAGAGAGCCUACCAUAUUGCCCACUGGGGCCAGGGAAAGAAGAAGCAAGCCUACGGCCCUGCUGCAUUCGAUACUGCGCAAGGUGAGGGCUUCAACUACCUAACAAUCCCUCCCACUGAUCUCGACCCAUUGGAGGCCCAAGCUGCGUUAAAUUACCUGCACCAACAAUGGGUCUAUUGGUUGCACUGCCGUGCUGUGUGGUAUGAAAACCAAACCGGAGGAAAUACCACACUGUGA